AUGAGGCAGCAAUGGAGAGCACUGGAGAAAAUACCGCCAUCUCGCACGAACAAUCCCGCACGAUCCGAGACCGACAUUCCGCUCGACGUCGCGUUUUACGCACUCCAGAACCAUCCAUUACGGGGUCUCCCCAGCACCCGCGCGGGUGCACAGUUCAAGGUCGCCCUCUGUCGCCGCGCCCUCGAAGGUGCCGCCGGGAACGGGAAGCCCAAGGCGCACGCGCGCCCCAGGGCCCGGCGGGGUCGCCCGCGCGCGGACUCCGCGGGCGAGGCGGAACCCGCCGGGGAAGGCGAAAACGAGGACUCGCCGUCCGUCGCGCGCAAGCCGACUUCCAUUCCGUCGGCGGAGGUGCUGGCCCUGCUCGUGCGCCCAGGCGGCACGGGCUCGGACGCGCCCUCGGUCGUCGCCGCGGUGCUCGCGGCGCUGUGUCUCAAGGCGGAGCUCGUCGCGGCGUACGGGCGGCUGCAGGCGCGACGGGCGCGAACGACCCUGAGCGGGACCCAGCCGGCGGUCGCGGUGCAUGCGCAGCAGCUCGCUGCCUUUGAUGAUGACGUGGACGAGCGGGCUGUGGAGCUGGUCGAGGCGCGGAAGGACAUGGCGACGCUCGCGGUAGAGGUGUUGGAGGCAAGCAUAUGA